GAUAAGCAGGAGGUGGACGCUUCCUGUUGAGGAAGAAUGGCUGCUCUCGUCGCACUGUCCGCAACGGAGCUCGGCACGAGAGGCACGCCAGGCUCUUUGAGCUGACCGCCGCGAGCCAAAAUCACCGGGCGCCCCUCUCACCCGCUGCCCGGAACGGAUGGGUAGAGGAGGGCCCGACGGCACAACAAACAGAUUAUUUGCCGGGACCGUAUUGGAAAGGCGAGACGAGCUAACGAGACAGCUCGGAGGCUAACGGUGCUAGCCGGCUAACAACACGCUUGUCGCUACCGGCGGGCGGGACGAACAAGCCUGCGGCAGCCGGCGUGAGUGCGCGACGACCGGGGCGUUUUUUUACCCCAGAGGCGCGGAGUACAAAGUGGACAUGAGCGGACCAGGACAAGACAGCGAACCGGAGGCGAAAGUCCUUCUCAUCAAGCGCUUGUACAGGGCGGUGGUGGAGUCGGUGCACAAGUUGGAUGUCAUCAUUGGCGGCAAGGGGUCGUACAGGGAAGUCUUCAAGCCUGAGAACAUCAGCCUGCGCAACAAACUGAGGGAGCUGUGCGUCAAGCUGAUGUUCCUGCACCCCGUGGGCUACGGCCGCAAGGCGGAGGAGUUGCUGUGGAGGAAGGUUUACUAUGAAGUCAUCCAGGUCAUCAAGACCAACAAGAAGCACAUCCACAGCCGCAGCGUCCUGGAGUGUGCUUACCGCACACACCUCGUCGCUGGCGUGGGCUUCUACCAGCACUUGCUGCUCUACAUCCAGUCGCACUACCAGCUUGAGCUGCAGGACUUCAUCGACUGGACGCACGUCACCGACCCGCUUGUCGGCCGGAAGAAAGCGCUGUCGGCUUCCCCCAAGGAAAUGGAGUGGGCGCAGAUGGCCUGCCACCGCUGCCUCGUCUACCUUGGCGAUCUCGCCCGUUACCAGAACGAGCUGGCCGGCGUGGAGGCGGAGCAUCUGGCCGAAAGGUUCUACCACCAGGCCUUGUCCGUCAUGCCGCACGUUGGGAUGCCCUUCAAUCAGCUGGGCACGCUGGCUGGAAGCAAGUUCUACAAUGUGGAAGCCACCUACUACUACCUACGCUGCAUCCAGUCAGAAAGCCCUUUCGAGGGCGCUUACGGCAACCUGAAGCGCCUCUUUGACAAAGCGGCCAAGAUGUACCAGCAAGUAAAGAAGCAGGAGAUGAAGAAGCUGUCGCCCUCCCGACAGAGAUCCCGAGACAUCAAGCGUCUCCUGGUGAGCUUCAUGUACUUGCAGAGUCUGUUGCAGCCCAAGAACAGCCUGAUGGAGUCUGAGUUGACCUCGCUGUGCCAGUCUGUGCUGGAGGACUUCAACCUGGUGCUCUUCUACCUGCCAACGGCACCGUCGCAAGGCCACCCCCACAGUGAGGAGGACGAGGAGCAGCAGCAACAUGCCACCGAUGGCUGCUGUGCCAUGCUGCCCGACGCGCUGGUCUUCAAGAUGGUGGUGACGUGCCUGAUGGUGGUGCACAGCCUCAAGAGAGGAGGCUCAAAGCAGUACAGUGCGUCCAUCGCUUUCACACUGGCGCUUUUCUCCCAUCUGGUGAACCACGUCAACAUUCGGCUGCAGGCUGAACUGGAGGAGGCGGAGAGCCGGGUGCCGCCGCUCAACACAGACGCCGCAGACGACCCGGAAGCAAGGGACGCAAACGGGCCGGGCGAGCCUCUCCAAAAUGGCUCCCUGGAGCAAGGCGACGAGGAAGAGGAGCCCCCCGCGAAGACGAUCAUUGUGAAGGAAGAGCACGAGUCAGAGCAGGCCAAACAGAAGCAACAGAGGAAGAAGUAUGGCCGCCUGUCACGCAUGCGCAGACGCCGCAAGGAUCGCAGCGGCGAGGACGAGAGCGACCUCAGCGAGGGCUUUGAGAGCGAAGACGAGGGAGAGGAGGAUGAGGAGGAGGACGAGGCCCCCGUGGCCAGAGAUCGCCCCGCUUGCCCUUCGCCAGAUGUGCCGCCCGAUCCGCCCGCUCGCCGGAAGGAGAUCAAGGAGGGCUGCUGGGGUAGCGGCUCCGAGGAGGAAGAGGAGGGCGGCACGGCUUUCGACGUGGAGACGGACUCAGACAUGAACAGCCAGGAGUCCCGCUCGGACCUGGAGGACAUGGCCGAGACGGAAAGCUGUGAGCGCCACCGGGCGCAGACCCGGGAGAGGCGGGACGGCGAGGAGGAGGAGGAGGGCAAGGGGGAAGGCGGCCAAAGGCCCCCCGCGGCUAACGGGCCCCCGGCGGCCAGCGACGCCGGCAGCAUCAGCAGCAACUUGCAGGCCAUGUCCUCGCAGCUCUUCCAGGCCAAGCGCUGCUUCCGCCUAGCGCCCACCUUCAGCAACGUGCUGCUCAGGCCUCAAGCCGCAAGCGCCGAGCCCCCCGCCGACCCUGACUCCUCCCUUGACGCCGCCGCUGCUGCUGCUCCAUCACCCUGCGAUGUGAACCCGAGCGCCCCCAAUGGAAUCAACCAAAACGACUCAGACUCCGACUCGGACUCGGAAGGGAGCCAGCGCAGCGCCCCAUCGGUACGCAGCGAGAAGACGCUCCUGGAGAAGCUGGAGAUCCUGACUGAUCAGGGCUUGAUCCAGGUGGUCAAGGUGUUCGUCGACUGGCUCCGGACCAACACCGACAUCAUCCUCAUGUGUGCACAGAGCUCCCAGAGCCUCUGGAACCGCCUGUCUGUGCUCCUCAACCUGCUGCCAGAUGGAAACAAGAUGCUCGAAGCCGAGGCCGACCUGAACCCGGACGUGACGGAGCUGCUGGGCGGGUGCGAGCGUCCUGCCCUGCUCCAGACGCUGCUGCUGCCUGAGGACGUGGCACUGAGGCACCUGCCCGCCCUGGCCCUCGCCCACCGCCGCCUGGACUUUGCCCGCCGCGGCGCCUCCCUCAGCCCGCUGCAGGAGUGCGUGGUGCGCGUGUGUUGCAUUCGCAGUUUUGGCCACUUCCUCACCAGUCUCCAGGGCAACGUGCUUCACUUCAACCCGGAGGCGGGCAUCUUCACCGGCGUCGGCCAGUCGCAAGCUGACGACCUCCUGCAGCAAGCCGAGGCCCAGUUCCGAAUGGCCGAAGAGGAGGCGCGCAGAAAUCGCCUGAUGCGAGAUAUGGCUCAGCUCCGACUCCAGUUGGAGGUGUCGCAGCUGGAGGGCAGCCUUCGGCAGCCCAAGGCGCAGUCGUCCAUGUCGCCUUACCUGGUCCCCGACGCCGCCGCCCUCUGCCAGCACCUGGGUCUCGUCCGACACCUGGCAGCCAGCGGCUGCUUCAUCGUCAUCAUUCCCAGAACAGUGAUCGACGGACUGGACCGCCUGAAGAAGGAAAAUGCUGGCGCGCGAGACGGCAUUCGCUUCCUGGAGUCUGAGUUUCGCAAAGGCAACAGAUACAUCCGCUGCCAGAAGGAGGGAGGACGAAGUUUUGAAAGAGAUAAGCUGAAACGGCAGGACGUCGAUGCCUGGCAUCUGUACAAGAUGGUGGACAGCUGCCGCCAGCUCACCCUCUCGCAGAGCAUCGACGACGACACGGCCGGCAUGGUCACCAUUCUCACCGGACAUCUCGUGGAGCAGCUGUGCGCCCGCUCUGCUGCCAUGAAGUCUGCCGUGCAGGCAGCGACCUCAGCGGGCAUGGAGCUGAAGAACAUCGCUGACUUCUACCGGCAGUGGAAGGAGAUAGGCUGAGGGCCGACCAUGCAAAGCGCCGCCCAUGUCUGAUCAAUCACAACACUCGCUUCCUCUCUCGCUCUUGCUCUUUCUCUCUCUCUCUCUCUCACCCCCUGUCUUUCUCUCUCUCUCUCUCUGCGACUCUUUUUGCUCUGUGUGUAUAUGCGUCUCCAGAAUCAAAUCUCAACAUGAAGCCGGACGGAUGGAAAGAGUUUAAGCUUAUGAAGGGAGUUAAGAAGCUACUAAGAGGAAGACGGGCCCCGGAAGGCCGUCCCGAAACGGCCACGCGGGCAGCAAUUUGGCGAAAGUGCCGAGACACCAAACUGAACUGGCUGGCGCUUGGCCUCCAUCUCGCUGGGAGCGCGCUCGACUUGUUGGGAGAGAGACAAGAUGCUCGCGCGCACACACAGACUUGAAGUCAUUCGGUGUCUGCGGUUUCCCCUUCCGAUUUCUUUGCAAGGCGAGCCAUGCCCGUUUUUGCAAUCGAGAGAGAGAAAAGUGCAAGCAAGGUGGCCACAAAACGCAGCCAGCAGCAGCGGCAGGCUGCCGCGGCCCCGGGAGACUCAAAAAAAUGAGCGCUUGCAAGGGUUGUUGACGAGGUACACUUCUUGUCCUGUGUUUUCUUUUUUUUUUUUUUUUUUUGUGAUGUUACUUUUUGUGACGAGGAUUUCAGGAUGAAGUUGAAAUGCACAAAUUCCUCUUCAACAAGGACCUGAAUGGGAAAAUUUACAAUGAAAGGACCAAUAAAUGUCCUGAUUCAAAGCCAAUCAGUAGAAUUUGACAUCAGGAGACAGAGGACCCCAAACGAUUGAACACAAGCAGUGAGUGGGCGUGCAGCUGUUUAGUUGGAAAGACUAAAAUCCAAAACUGAAUUUUUUCACCACCUCUCAAAACGGUCAAAACAGUGACUUUAUUCCCACAGAAUUGACUUUAAAGAGAAAACAAACAUCUUCGCUUGAUAAAAUUAAAAAUGCAUGACAUUUUAAAGAUGGUCAAAUUUAGUUGACCUGUACAGGUUUUGCACUUCAGGUUCAUCCUCAAAUUACCAGUAGCUGUUUAUUUUUUUUGUAUUUUGUUUUUGGAGUCGUGUCAUGCGCUUGAGAAAAAGGAAACAACAACCCCAUGAUCAAGCUCAUAUGGGUUGUAUUCUUGCACCCAAAUAAUUAAUGGUGUUAAUUGCGCUUUAUGAUGUGCGAAUGUCUAAGGGAAAGCCAGUUUAUUUAUCAUAGUGUCACUUAUUCAAAAAGAAAAGUAAAGAAAAAAACGCAAGGUGUGCAGGCUCUAAGAGAAGUUGGAAAUGUCUCUCGCCUACAUGAUGACACUCAAACGAACAAACGGCAUCUAUGUGUGAAAAUGCGUUCAACAAUAAAAACAAUCAUUUAAAUUUUUC